UGCCAAGCUUCAUGAUGCAGGCCGCCAAUGCGGCCCGAGACAAUCGCAAAUCGGCGGUCACCGUCGUCUCGACGGUUGAGGUCGAUGGUAAGCGUAAGGGGAAGGCACCACCACGACCACCGCACGGCAGUGAGCUGGCCGAUCUGGACGCAAGCACCGUCACGAUGGACACGACCCUAAGCCGCAGCACGGAUGAGGCUGAUGGUGCAAGCCGACAGCUGAACGGUAGCCUCGACUCCAAGCGUAUGAACUUCUCGGAUAACUUUGCCGAGGAGGUACUGAACUGUACGAUCGACAGUAUCGAGCAGUUUGAGCUGGGUGCGGCCACUGCGGUGCCGGCCCGUGGACCAAGCAACAGCUCAACACCGAAGAGCGAGCGCAAGAAGGCCUCUUCGCUGACGGAAAGUGAGAUCAUGCAGCGAUCGGAUAGUCUCGAGGAGCUCCACAAUGGUCAUGAGUCCGAUGUCGAGCAGGAGCAGCGCAAGACGGUUCCGCGGGGUAAUAAGAUCGAGCUGAACUCGAGUGACAUCACCGUACACCAGAGCUCCCCGAGUCCGACACCGGACACAGUUAUGGAAGGUGGGGACAGUGAGCGGUCAGAACCACGGGGGGAGGAGGAUCAGGAUGAAAGCAACCGACGUACGGCCAGCUUGGGCGAUCUGUCGCGGCUCAACACACCGGAAAAUGCGCUCGAGCGGGCUCAAAGCCUUGAGAUCACGGGUGAAACGAACGUGGCCACGGUAAUGACAACGGUUACCGUCGUCAAUGGAGCGACGGGCGAUGCACUGCAGUCUUCGAGUGACGGUGAGCAGGGGGUCGGUAUGCUAGAGUCGGCCAAGACGAAGCAGCGUCCCAUAUCGUCGGAUGCCACCGGUAUGGAUGGUCGCGAUGGAAUGCUCGAUGGGCUUAGCUCUCUGCAGCGUAACCGCUUGAAGGGAGCUUCCGCUUGGGGUAAUCUCGAGGAUGCGAUCAACUCCGGUGAGCUGCUGGCGAACGGAGAUGGACCGAUUAGUGAUGAUGGCGAUGGUGAUGAUGUGAAGAUUGUAGUAAAAGAAAAUGGUUACUCCAGUGAGCUACACGGAACAAGGAAGCCUUCACCGGCGAUCAUCGUUGCGGAGGCGAAAAAGAUCGAUACGGUGACGGUGGGCGCUGGUGGUACGACAUUGAUCGUGGGUUCCGCUGUGAGCGAUCCAACGACGAUCGUGAACGAAGAGCACAUCUCGCUAACGACGAUCAAUACGACCGGUAGCUACCAACGAAACGAUCCAGAACCGAUGGGUGAGUCGCAUCUGGUCAAGAUCGGUGGCAACCAGUACGAUACCAACAUCCCGGAUGACGUGAAGGUAUCGCGCUAUCCGUUCGGUAGCCUCGAGCGCCCCAAAUCGGAUGUGCUGAAGAAACUGCUCGGCCAGAAGGAGGAACUGGAGAACACACCGUCCGUCUUCAUUUCGGCCGAUGGUGAAACGGUACCGGGCGGCAUCGGUGUCAGCAAGAUCCGCAUCGAAAGCCACCGCUCGAUCGACGUUGGUGAACCGAUCAGCCUGACCCUGAUCAACGCACCGACCGGUGAGGUCACCGCGAACGGUGGAUCAUCUUCCUCGCCAUCGUUCCCGGAGAAUGAUCAAACGGAAAGCAGCCAACCAUCGCCCGUCUUUACCAGCAACACCAACGGUGUCAGCAGCAUUAACAUCUCGUCGCUCGAGUACGAUUCGGGCACGUUUGCCUUCAAGCACCAGCCACAGCCAGCCCAGCAACCGAUGACGAACGGAGUGGCCAAGUUUUCGCUGAACGACAACAUCGUCACCAUCACGACGGCACUGGAUGGUGGAUCGGGUUCACAGCCUUCUUCGAUCAUCAUGAUUGACGACGAAAAGCUUGACUUUAGCCUGCAAACACUGGACGACUUUGAUGAUCCGCUCGGUGAUGAACCGCUCGGUAUGGCACCGCCACCACCACCACCACUGGAUUUCGCUGGCAAUGCUGGCCACCCGGAUUCACUGGAACAGGUAGAGGUACGCAAGGCACCGGAACCGGGCACUGGGCCUCCACCACUGCCUUCACAGCGUAGCUCGAUCAUUUCGAUGAAUGGUGGCACACCGGUAAUGAAUGGUGGUGGUGGUGGAUUCGUGACCGAGAUCACCCUUAACAAACCGCCCGCGACGACGACGACGACGACGACGACGACGACGACGACGACGGUUAGCCUCGACGAUCCGGAACCGGUGCAGCAACCACCACAGCCGGCAGAACGACCACAGCAGAAUGGCAUCCAUCAGGCAGCAACAGCGGCAGCAGCAACGGUGGCGCCAGUACCAAUAACCACCAGCGGUAAGCCACCGAUCAUCUCGAAGAAACCACCGAAACCGGAACACAAACCGACGACCCCACCAUCCCGGAUACCGGUCGAGCGACGCAUGUCCAGCGAGCACAGCUUCAUACCGCGCAACGCGGAAAUCAAGUUCACGACCGCAACGUACGAGUCACCGUCCAGUGUGCCGCGUACGCCUCCCACUCGUCCCCUCGGUGUCGAUCAGAUACGGUCCAACUUUGAGCGCAGUAACUCCAAAACCGAAAUCCCAGUCCUGAUCCGUCGCACCUCCAUUCCCUCGAUCAAUCUGUCCGGGUCGAUCAGUAGCAGCAGCAGCAGCAGCAGCAGCAGCAGUAGCACGACCGGAGGAUCGAUGAGCAAUCUGAGCAAUCUGACGUCAUCAUCCCCGAACGGUGGCACCAAAGCGAGCCCCUCACGCAUACCGGUCUUUAGCUCGUCGGUCGCCUCGACGGCCACGGCCGCUGGCUCCAAGUUUGGGUUUCACGAUGCCAAUGGAGGACGAUCACCGCCACCGGCGACCAAUGGUGGUUCAGGUCCGCACCAUCACCAGCAGCAGAACGGCCAUCAUCACAGCAGCAGCAGCAGCAGCAGCACCACCACCAACAACAAUCUGGUCAACAGCAGCAAGAUGUCGGUUAGCAUUAACUCGAUCAAGAACCAGUCCAAGCAUCCGAGCGGCAAAUAUUGAUGCGAUCGUGACCGUGUACGAUCACGUGGAUCGUCUUUGGAUGAGUGAAUGAAAGAUGCAUGAGUGUGUGAGCGUGCGUGUAUGUGUGUCUGUUCGUUGAGCCUCUUAGCGAGCCUUAAUCUACUUAUUACCAGAAUGUAGUGCGUAGGAACCUGGCCCACGUUCUGCUGCAUCAAAGGAGCCCGGAGCCCGAUGGAGCACCAUGAGGCUUCCUAGCAACCGACAAAGCAUGUCUCUCUGCGAACCGCCGGCCUACUCAGUUACCGUUACGCGCAUCACAGCACCUUAAAGGGGAUCGUCACAUGGAGUGAUCAUCGUAUGGGCGGCGUGUAGAGUAGAACAAGCGUCAGCGAAUGGGAACCAAACCUGCCGCGGGUUCUUAGAAAUUUUGUUUGCUUUUUGGCCAUAUUAUCACGUAGGGUAGGGCUGAUUGAUUGAUGAUGAUUGAUUUUUUGUGGUUGCAUGUGGCGCCAUCGCCACGUGCCACACUCAUUUAAACAACAUACACAGCGAGACGAGCUCCAUUUGCUAGUUUUCUAAACGAUCUAUCGAUCUACUGUCCUGCUGAGAUGUUAACUAAGACAUUAUCCUUCCGGCACACACUCCCUUUUUUUUCUGUUUGUAGCAGCCCAAAUAACCGUCCACCGUCCACUGCAAGGCCGUGGGGAGGAUCAGAAGCUCUCAAAUGACAUGCGGAGCAGCUUCUGAUCUACAGCAAAUUACCAUAUUACCACAAGAGGAGUGUCGCGAAAGUGUAAUCUUUAGUUUGUUAACAAAACAAAAUAUUUUCGCCCCUCACGAUUCGGCGGUUUAUGUUAUCGGCUUAUAUUAUUACACCCCAGUGUGGAGGCAUUAUGUUGCUGUAGCUUGCGGGGUUAUUAUUAUUAUUGUAAGGAUAAGUAUUUGUUAUGAAAAAAAAAACCCUACAUGCGUCUCUCGACCGAUGCAGAUCGCGGGUUAACGUUCGGGACGUACGCUCGACGUGCGUUGGUGGCAAUAUACCUACGGUACAGUAUGUUAGAUGGAUGAUCGUGCAAACCACGAGAUGCGAAUUCACCCUUUUUUUUAAAAAAACGUGCUUAGAUACCUAAGAGACUCUGUCUUCCUUUCAUCUACCAAUCUCUUCUACUCUUUCUUUUCCCUGCACACAACAUCCUUGUUUGCGAAUGUUUCGAAAAUGUUAAAUAAAUACGUA